AUGCAGUCACGUGCGGCACGAGCCGGAGACUCGCAGGAGCUUCGCAAGCUCUUGGAGUCGGACUCCCCCAGCACCGGAUCCACGUUGCCUUCCUCGACUGCAUCGUCCCGCAGAUGGAGCUUGACAUCCGUGGCUCGGCAGGGGCCCCUGCUCCGUUUCUUGAGCCGCUCCCGAGCCGGCUUCCUCGUGUUGCCAGCCUUCCUGGCCCUGGUGGCAUUCUCGUGCUGCAUCUCCGCCGGGCACAUGACGGCCUACGCGUGUUCGGUCGGGGAGCUCGCGGACCUGAAGCUGGCCAGCUCCUUGCACUCCCUGGAGUUCCUCCCCUGGCGGCUUGGCUCGCAAAAGCCUGGUUUGUCCAAAUGGGCGAAUACAAAUUAUGAUGUCAAGUUGCGAGUUUGGGCUCUGAGGCAGACCCGGUACGAAGUCACAAGCGACGUGUCCUUCACGAAAUUGGCCCUGGUUGCUGGUGUUAGCCCCCCUACCACGCGUCGCAUCUCCAUCACCCAGCCGCAAGCCACCAGCAUGCCACCCUCCAGCCCACGUGUCAUUGCGGUUGACGACCAGCACGGCAUGGCAGUCGAAGAGAUCCAGCUGUCGCACAGGCAAGUUCCGCGCGUGGCCACCAUCCGCGUCCAGGGCCUCCGUCCUUCUCGGCCCGAAACCACGUAUGAAGUGCGCUUCUCGCCAUCGGCGACGAUGCCGGCAGCCCUCCGGAUCACCGCCCAGGAGUUUCAGAGAACCAUCGCCUGGUCUUCCUUGCCCGGAUCGGUCUUCAGCAUCCCAGAAGGCCAGCCCCGCAGCCACGGACCCGCUGCUGUGGGGCAGCUUUGGACGACUUACUGGGACCGCCCGAAUGCGACGGAGGAGAGCUGCUCAGCGGAUUGCGCCCAUGACCUGGCAUGCCUGGAGUCCUACGUCGGACCAGGUGGCUGCUACGCGGUGCUUGCCGACAGGAAGGGGUUGGAGUCGGGCGACCUCUCCGAGAAUCUUCCAAGCUCAGUCAAGGCUGCAGAGCAGAAUCUCACGGGCCGCUUGAGCGGGUGUCGGCUGGAGGAGGUGCGAGCCGCUGGAGAGGCAGAGGAGGCCAAGCGAGGCAAGACGACUCAGUGCAGGGACGACGUGGAGAUGAAGCCGGGCCAGCUCCAGCUCUUUUUCGGCAGAGUGCAGCCAGACUGGGCCUUCCACCUCGCUACCCUCAGCUUUGCUUUGAAGCUGGAGACGGGAGGCCAAAAGUUCGAGGCCGAGGCCACGCCCAUCUUUUUCAGGCAAGGGACGCCACCUCCAAGCGACGCGAUGGCCAUGCUCGUAGGACACAACGCCAGCGGCAGCUUCGUGCUGAAGACCGAGAGCUCCCUGGACGUGCAGGGAAACGUGGUCAUCUCCGUCUCGAAGUACGACCCGCUUGCCUUUGACACUCUUCGCUUGCUCGUGAUGCCGAUGCUGCCGGACCCGGCCUUCCGCGCCAACUGGUCCGAGUGGUCUCCAGCCACUAAGGCAGACCUGCAGCUCCUGCAAAGGCACGGGCGCUGCUUGGAGAGCGGGUUGAUCAGGUGGCGCUACAGCAUCUGCGGUGCCUACCACGGCUCGAACGACAGCUCAGGCCUCGGAGAUGAGCCACUUGCCGUGCAGAUUAACCCAAUCCAGGGCCAGAUGGAGGCCGCUGCUCAGUUCACAGUGGUGGUCCGCCAGAAGGCGCGGGAGUGGGGGUUUUCGUCCUCACAAUGGCACACCGUGGUCAUGCAGUACGAGGCGGUGGACAGCCCCGCUGCCUGGGCAGCUCAGCUGCACGGAUGUUCGCUCCUGAAUGUGAGCACCAUAGCCGAAGGCGCCGUCCUUGCGUCCGCGGACGGGCUAUGUGAGCUGCUCCCAACUUGCCAUGCACAGCUGUGCGAGCAAGUGCGUGAGCAAAGCCUCGGUGGCAGGGAAACCUAUGAUUUCGGAAGAGGACAAGACGUCCACCCACCGGCGCUUCUGUCGCCGGCUGGCACCGUGAAGCUGCUAGCCUGCAUGGAAGAAGCCGCUCCAAGCUGCAGCGAGAGCCUUCGAACACAAUGGCACUACAAGCAGAGCCACGUAGGCAUGGACGGCUACAGUCUUGCGUUCUCCAUACAGACCUUGCUGGAGCAAGCGAGCAGUAGCACCGCGCUGAGCUUGUUGAAGGAGAUCCGAAGGAACCUGCGCCAAGAGGAAGCCGAGCGAUUCGACGUGGACGCUGUGCGGGAGGUCUGGCGACUGCCGGAGCCGUCAGGUGACCUUCUCUCCACACUGGCAGUCCUGGACGAGAAAAUGCCCCAGCGCCUGGCAGAAGCUCUGGUGAAGAGCCCCUUAGGCACGAUGCCACCCGUGACGCCGCAGGUGCAGGCGGCCUUCGGUAACCUGACGAAGAUGCAGGUGUCCCUGGAGGAUGCGGCCCAGCUCGGGCAGCUGGGCGCGCUGGCGCAGCUCGCGCCGAAGCUGCGAGAGCUUACGAUCUCCUGCGCUCUGUGCCCGGCGGACCGCACAAUCCCGGAGCCCGAAACUCUGCGGUCCUUCGAGCGCCUCAGCGCUCUCGAGGAGUUGGUGCUCGACGACUUCCGGCUCUUGACUCUUCGAGCGAAGGCCUUCGGAAGCCUCGGAAAGCUGAAGGGGUUGCGUCUGCCCAACAACCAACUCCAGAGCCUGCAGUCCGGCGCGUUCCAGGGCCUCGAAGGGCUGAAGGAGUUGCAUCUGGAGUACAACCAACUCCAGAGCUUGGAGUCGGGCGCGUUCCAGGGGCUGGGAGGGCUGAAGAAGUUGGAUCUGGGCUUCAACCACCUCCGCAGCCUGAAGCCGGGCGCUUUCCAGGGGCUCAAAGAGCUGGAGACGUUGGUUCUGGAGGGCAACCCGCUGCAAACCCCCCCAGCGAUCUGCGAGCAAGGAGUGGAAUGCGACAUUUGA